CAUUACCGAAUUCGAUAAUGAAAAUGGAUGUUUAUAACUAUAAGCAUAUGCAUGCGUUGUAAGGCAUCUAUUCUAAAACUCAUCACCUACCACUGAUAACUCUGUCCCUUCCUCUUUAUCAUCACUCACAUUUCUAAUCCAUCUCCUUCUGUCUCGACCACGACCACACCCACCACCUUUUCUUUGUGUUUUUUUGUUCUUCAGAUAGCUCUAUCCCAGCUUAGAUUUACACUCACAUUUUCCACUCCCCACUAAACCCACAUAGACAUAGGAUUUGUAUUUUCACCUAUUUAGGCAUAGUUGCUUUUGCUGACACCUCUCUAGAUUCGGGGGGUCUCAAAGAUCUGGCCUUUUCAGUUUGUUCCACUGUUUGAGCCUCUUAGUUUAUGAUGGGGCUAUUUCUGAGAUCUGGGAUUUGAGGGUUGUCACUUUAUGUGUGUAUAUAGGUAGGUAUCAAGGCUUUCUAAGAAAUGGGUUCUAAUCUGAAUGCUGAAUUAUCGAAGAAAACUCCAAUUUUUGGUCUCAAGGUUUGGGAAGUAAUUGGAAUUGCAGUUGGAUUGUCUAUUAUUGUCAUCCUCUCUGCGCUCUCACUUUGCCUUACUUCAAGGAAGAAAUCUAGAAAAGCCAAGGAAAAGGUUCCUCUUAGUCAAAUACCAAGUGUGUCAAAGGAAAUCAAGGAAGUGCGGGUUGAGCAAGUGUCAACCAAUGGAUUUAGUCCUCGUGAUGGAAUACUUCUUACCAUUCAUGAUAAAUCCAGUGACAAGGAAUCAGACAAAGUCAUGGUUCAUUUAGGUGUGGGGAAAAUGAAGAAUGGGGAUAGAAGCAGUCAUUCCGAUUCAUUUCAUCAAGUAGAGAAAGAUGGAGGUGGGUCACAGUCACAAUCAGGAGAAGAAGGUAGCUCUGGCACGGUUACAGUGUAUAGGCACUCUUCUUCAUACCCUAUAACAGCUCCUUCACCUCUGUCUGGUCUUCCAGAAUUUUCUCACUUGGGUUGGGGUCACUGGUUUACCUUGAGGGAUCUUGAACUUGCUACAAACCGUUUUUCCAAAGAAAAUGUCCUUGGUGAAGGUGGGUAUGGAAUUGUUUAUCGGGGACAGUUGGUCAAUGGGACUCCAGUGGCAGUUAAAAAGAUACUCAAUAACAUUGGUCAAGCAGAGAAAGAAUUUAGAGUGGAAGUUGAAGCUAUUGGCCAUGUCCGACACAAAAACUUGGUUCGCCUUUUGGGAUACUGCAUUGAGGGAACUCACAGGAUGUUAGUCUAUGAGUAUGUCAAUAAUGGAAACUUGGAGCAAUGGCUUCAUGGAGCUAUGCGACACCAUGGAUAUCUUACCUGGGAAGCACGUAUAAAGAUUCUCCUUGGCACAGCCAAAGCGCUUGCAUAUUUACAUGAAGCAAUUGAGCCCAAGGUGGUGCACCGAGAUAUCAAGUCAAGCAACAUAUUAAUUGAUGAUGACUUCAAUGCCAAGGUUUCUGAUUUUGGCCUGGCCAAGUUAUUGGGUGCUGGGAAAAGUCAUGUCACUACGCGAGUUAUGGGAACCUUUGGAUACGUGGCUCCUGAAUAUGCAAAUACUGGCCUUCUAAAUGAAAAGAGUGAUGUUUAUAGCUUUGGUGUUUUGCUAUUGGAAGGAAUUACUGGAAGAGAUCCAGUUGACUAUGGUCGGCCAACAAAUGAAGUGAAUCUGGUUGAUUGGUUGAAGAUGAUGGUUGGAAACAGGAGAUCAGAAGAAGUGGUGGACCCAAACGUUGAGGUGAAGCCAUCAACCAGAGCUUUAAAAAGGGCACUCUUAACUGCUUUAAGAUGCGUAGAUCCAGAUUCUGAGAAAAGGCCCAAGAUGGGCCAAGUUGUACGUAUGCUGGAGUCAGAGGAAUACCCUUUACCAAGAGAGGACCGAAGGCACCGAAGAAAUAGAGGGGGUAGUGCAGAAAUUGAAUCCCAGAAGGAAUAUUCUGACACAGACAGGAGUGAGAUUCAGGGUUCUAGAGAAGAGAGCUGAGGGUAACAGCAGUCAUGACCCAAUCACGGAUUCUUAUUGAGAAUCAGUGGGUUACCGGGAUGUAUAAAGUGUUAGUAUUUAUUUAUUUAUUUAUUUCCAUAGCUUUUUAGAUUCUUGAAUUUGCCUACCUCAGAUGAGCAUUGCAAAGGGGUUUGCACAUUUAUUUUUUUUAUUUUUUUUCAUAUGCUUUGGUUUUUGGUCGGCUUUUGUUUGUAGAAGGAUAGGUAUUGUUUGUGUAUGAAGGCCGGUGUUAUUGCUAAGAACAGAACCCAAAAUAU